AUUCUUUGCAAUAUAUAUACACCUUACAAAGAAGAAUUUAAUCAUAUAGACUCAAAUAUGGCUGUAGAGAGCACUCUAGAGCUCGAAAACGAGGAUGGAAGGACUAAAAAGGAUGCGAAUUUCCUCGGGCAAACGAUGGAAGAUGACGAUGAAACGAAGGGAGAAGUAAUAGAGUCGGUAGAGAUGGCGUUUAGGGACACAAUGAUACCGUCGUGGAAGGGGCAGUUGACGGUUAGGGCGUUUGUGGUGAGCGCGAUAUUGGGUGUCAUGUUUAGUUUCAUAGUCAUGAAGCUCAGCCUCACGACGGGUAUCAUACCGUCGCUAAACGUGUCAGCGGGUUUAUUAGGUUUCUUCUUUGUUAAGACUUGGACAAAGGCGUUGGAGCAGUGUGGGAUCUUGAAGCAUCCGUUUACAAGGCAAGAGAACACUGUUAUCCAAACUUGUGUUGUUGCGACUUCAGGCAUCGCAUUUAGCGGAGGUUUUGGAAGUUACUUAUUUGGGAUGAGCGAUAUGAUCGCUUCACAAUCAUCAGAUUCCGACUCACCUACUCUAAACAUGAACAUCAAGAACCCGAGCUUGGGCUGGAUAAUCGGUUUUCUCUUCAUCGUUAGUUUCAUCGGCCUUUUCUCUGUGGUUCCUCUUCGAAAGAUCAUGAUCAUAGACUUCAAGCUAAUAUACCCGAGCGGAACUGCAACUGCUCACCUGAUUAACAGCUUCCAUACCCCUCAGGGUGCCAAGCUUGCCAAGCAACAAGUGAGUGCAUUAGGGAAGUUCUUCUCCUUGAGCUUCUUAUGGAGUUUCUUUCAAUGGUUCUUCGUUUCUAAUGAGGAUGAUUGUGGCUUUCAAAACUUCCCUACUUUUGGCCUCAAAGCUUACCAACAAAAGUUUUACUUUGAUUUCUCAACUAUGUAUGUUGGAGUAGGAAUGAUAUGUCCAUACCUUAUAAAUGUCUCCUUGCUACUUGGUGCAAUCCUAUCAUGGGGGAUUAUGUGGCCCCUCAUUGAGACACAAGAAGGCCAUUGGUACAAAGAUGGUCUUGGACAAGGUAGCUUUCAUGGCAUCCAAGGUUACAGGGUUUUCCUUGCAAUAGCCAUAAUCCUGGGAGAUGGACUCUACAACUUCGUCAAAGUAGUCGGUAAAACCGGAAUCGGGUUGUACGGUCAGCUCAAAAACAAAGAAUCAUUAACUGUUCUUCCAGUGGCCACAGACUGUGCAACCAAAGAUACUACAUCUUUUGAUGAACAACGUAGGAUACAAGUGUUUAUGAAGGACCGGAUACCGACAUGGUUAGCCGUUGGCGGGUACAUGGCAAUAGCCGCGGCCGCCACAAUUACCCUCCCUCAUAUAUUCGGCCCGCUUGAAUGGUACUACGUGAUUGUAAUUUACCUUUUCGCCCCUGCUCUAGCGUUUUGUAACGCGUAUGGGUGUGGGCUUACUGACUGGUCCUUGGCGUCAACUUACGGGAAACUAGCUAUUUUCGUGAUCGGGGCGUGGGCUGGUAAGUCGCAAGGUGGUGUGUUGGCGGGGCUAGCCGCGUGCGGGGUGAUGAUGAACAUAGUGUCCACUGCUUCGGACCUAAUGACGGAUUUUAAAACGGGUUAUUUGACCUUGGCUUCACCCCGGUCCAUGUUUGUGAGCCAAGUGAUUGGGACCGCGAUGGGGUGCGUGAUCGCACCAUGUGUAUUUUGGGUUUUUUAUAGUGCUUUUCCGAAUCUUGGGAAACAAGGGUCCGAGUACCCCGCACCGUACGCUAUUGUGUAUCGAAAUCUUGCUAUUUUGGGAGUCGAGGGGUUUGGGUCGCUUCCAAAGCAUUGUUUAUCACUUUGUUACGCGCUUUUUGCGGCUGCAAUCCUUAUAAACGUGGCUCGAGACACAACGCCCAGAAAGCGGGCUCGGUUUAUUCCCAUCCCAAUGGCAAUGGCGAUUCCGUUCUACAUUGGAACGUCGUUCGCCAUUGACAUGUGUGUGGGGAGCUUGAUUCUUUUUAUAUGGGAAAAGAGGGACAAAACGAAGGCCGAUGCUUUCGGACCAGCGGUAGCUUCGGGUUUGAUUUGUGGUGAAGGGAUUUGGUCUGUGCCCAAGUCCAUAUUGGCUUUGGCCAAGGUGAGUCCCCCGAUUUGCAUGAAGUUUUUAUCGAGGCGUACAAACUUAAAGGUUGAUGAUUUUCUAUCGACGCUAAGUCGUUAGCGUCAAAUAACGCAUAUUCGUAUUGUUGUGCAUUUUUAGAACUUUAUACGAAUGUAGAUUUUUGUUUCAAAACUAUAAUUUGGGUGUUUUGAUUGUUGAUUAUUAUAUGUAUAACGUAUUAUAAAGCCA